AUGACAACAACAACAACACCAACUUCUUCAUUAAAUUCAUCCGUGAUCACAUCGACUUCACUCAUGAAUAAUUCUUCUUUAAAUAUUCAAAACUCGACAACAACAACAACAACAACAAAUAAUCGAGUCGGAUUGUCUUUGAAUUCAUCAACACCGACUUCAACGACAGUGUCCAAUCCGUCAUUACCCACUCCGUCAUCAUCGACCAAUACUCGAAAAUUUUCUCUGAAUCGAGACGUGUUUAUCAAUUCUUCUUCAAAUUCUUAUAAUCAUGUUUCAUCAACAACGACAGCACAUCAACCACAAGCAAGUCAUUCAUUUUCUUGGAAUUUUGCAGAUCCAGAUCGAAGAAGGAGUAGUAGUGGCAGUAGUGGUUAUGGUCAUUCUUCGGAAUCUUCUCCAACAACCACAACAACAACAACAACAGCGAAUAACACAAAUUCCAUUUUGUAUUUAAAUUUGGAUGAAAAAAUUCCACAACCAACAUCAUCCACUGCUGUGACGGAACACCAACAGAGACCUAUUAAUCAUCAACGAAAUCGAAAUAAGGGAAGUAAUGGAAUUUCCGAAUAUUCUUUCACAGUCGAUGAUUUGUUACAGACCUCUCCGACGACACUCAAUUCGACGAGUCAUCCAACUCAUUCACAUAGUAAUAGUUUUGGAUCGGUUGGUAGUAGUGGCAGCACGAUCACAGUGGUGGGAGUUUCUAAUGCUGCUUCGACACCACCGUAUGGUUGUGACACUCUAUUGACAGAUGACGUUCCAUUGACAGAAUUUAUUAAUUUAGAUUUGACUUCGAUAUUACCACAUCAGAAAUUACUUCGAUUCUUCCUUCGAAACAAUCAAAGUUAUUUUACCAAUGCGUCACAAAUGGGUAAACAUAGUCCUGUCAUUGCUCAAGAAAUGUCCUUUCAAACCAACGAUUUAUUUGGAAAUUUAAAUGUUGGAGGUGACUAUUAUUCAGACAUUACCAUUCGAUUUAUUCCAUCCGGACGAGAAAUUCAUGCUCACAAAUUCAUGCUCUCCAUGUACAGUCCCGUUCUUGCUGCCAUGUUUAAUUCUCAAUGGAAAGAUUCUCAACAAAAUGUUAUUGAAAUUGUAACAGAAUUAUCAGGUCUAAAUGGAAAUGGAUCUUAUGAAGAUAUUGAUGACGAGCAAUUAUUUGUGGAAAUGAUUUUAUGCAUGUACAGCGGACAAGUAUAUCAAAUUGAACCUCAUUUAAUUGUUCCCUUAUUGGAAAUUUCUGACAAGUAUCAAUUUACAGAAUUGUGUCGAGCAUGUGAAGAGUAUUUACGAGUUCAUUUGAAUGAACAUAAUUGUAUUUCAUUGCUCUACUUGUCAGGAGGAGGAGGUUUCAUUGGAAACACAACAAGUACUUCACCCAAUACAAAUGUGAAUAACAACAAUGGAAGCACUGUGAUCGUUAGUGGUCACUUGUUAAACCCUCCGCCAACAACAGCAACAACCACAGACACGACUUGCUUUAAUACCGAAAUGACUAACCAUCCAUGUGAAAACAUAAUUUCCAAUCAAGUGUCUACGAGUGGAAACAAUUCCACCCAUUCUCUUCUACAUCAUACAAGUGGGAAUCAUUUGACAACGAGUACUAACCAAUUCACAAAGAAAGUGAACACAAUCGGAAAAUUCGAGAGACUCAGAGAACGAGCUCUCACCUACAUUGACACACAUUUUGAAAAAGUUUCAAAAACAAAAUCUUUUUUAUUCCUCGAUUUGGAAACACUCAUUUUCCUCUUAGGAAGGGGAGAACUACGUGUGGACAGUGAGGAUGUGAUUUUAGAUGCCAUUUUAAGAUGGUGUGAAGGAGAUUUAGAGCAACGAAGAGAUGUUUUAUUUACAACUUUAUUGGAACAAGUUCGAUUGUAUCACUUGUCACCCAAUCGUUUGGCUCAUCUCGGAGAAGUUUUGGAAAAGUUUACAAAACCUAUCAACAAUAGUACCUCAACAAUGACAGAUCCUUCCAUUGCUUUGUCAUUGGACAGCAGCAGCAACAAUAAUUCUCAACAACAACAACAGCUGGAAACGAUGACUUUUACAAGAAACUCUUUGAUUGAUCCAACCAUCAUGAAUUGGAUGAAUCGAAUCAUUCAUGCCAUGUCCUUUCAAUUGUCACAAACUUUGGGAUUUCAAUUAUCUUUGAAAAUGCAACAAAAAAUUUCCAUCGAAUCUCCACCUCGAAAGAGAGCCACUCAAGACAUUACACGAAUUUCAUCACUCCUCUCUCAGGAACAAUUUUUACAAAUUCUCGAAUGGAUCAAUGAACAAGGAAAAAUCGGAAAAGAUCUCUCCGAACGAGAAUGGCUUGUUUUAUAUCGUGGUUCUAAAGAUGGAUUCAAUGGAAAAGCAUUUCAUCAAAAAUGUGAUGGAAAAGGUCCAACAUUUACUGUGAUCAAAACGGAUAAGGGAUUCAUGUUUGGAGGUUUCACAUGUAAAAGUUGGCAUAGUGGAAAUACUGAUGAGAGUGACGAGAAUGCAUUUCUAUUUUCACUCUAUAAUCCAUAUUUGAACAACAAGAUGACUCGAUUCAAGAUUAAGAGUGGUAUGAGUGCAGCGAUUGGAUGUUAUUCGAAUUUUGGAGUUAUUUUUGGAGGUGGACGUGAUUUGAUUAUUUAUGCAGAUUGUAAUAUUAACAAUUCGAGUCAUUGCGAAUUCUUUGGUCACACGUAUCAAUUACCAAAUUUAUCUGGAAUGUACUAUGGUUCAUUGAAGAGUAAGACAUUUUUCAAUGGAACUGAACAAUUCAGAGUGAGUGAUUAUGAAGUCUUUGGACUUGUUCCCAGCAAGGACACGAGAAAGAAAUCUUUACAAAAUUAA